AUGAUCAUCCCAACUGACCACCGUCUCAAGAUCUACAACUCUCUCUUCAAAGAGGGAGUUAUGGUUGCCAAGAAGGACUUUGGUGCCAAGACCCACCCAAACGUUGAGGGUGUUUCCAACCUCGAGGUUAUCAUCGCCUUGAAGUCCCUCAAGUCCAGACAGCACGUCACUGAGAUCUUCAACUGGCAGUACUACUACUUCACCCUCACUGACCAAGGUAUUCAGUACCUCCGUCAGUACCUCCAGUUGCCAGAGUCUGUCGUCCCAUCGACCCUCCGCAAGCCAGCUGCUCGUCAGAUGGAGAGAAACGAGAGAUCCGAGAGAUCAGGCCGUCCAGAGAGAUUCGAGGAUGGCAAGCGUGUUGGUCCAAGUGGAGAGUUCACCCCAGGUUUCAGAGGUGACCGCCCACAGCGUGGACGUGGUGGCAUGAGCAGAGGUGGAUACAGAAGAAACGAGGAGGGAGGUGAGCGCCGCCCAGCCCCAACCAACAAC